AAACGGAGUACUCUCCCACCUGGCAAGAAUUUUUCAUUAUUAACAAUUUGUUUUGUCCGGAGUUUUACAAUUAGUUAUUUUAUAAAUCUCUAAUUUCGUGGAAGAAUUGUACUGCACUGCAGUGAUUUCCCAGUAGAAGAGAUCCAUCUCGCUUUUUGCUUUCUGGCGUGUCCAGACUACUUGUUGUGAAAAUGUCGAGAUUUUAGGUUAAGUGCAAAAAACAAAACUAGUGAAAUGGCGGAGAAGGCGAUAAUGAAGCAAAUAGCUGAGCAGAAGCUCAAGGCUUUUUCCAUCGGUACAAUGGGGAAACGACCUCUCAGUAAAAAAGAGGUGGAGGAGCAGAGAAAGAAGGAGCAGGAGCAAGCAGCUGCUCAGGCCUUCGAGGAGUUCGUUGCUACCUUUCAAGAAACCCCUAACAAGACAACGAGUAAAGUUUGGGUCAAGGCUGGUACUUAUGAUGCUGGCAAGAGGCAGGAGGACACCAGGGAGAAGGGAAAACUCUACAAGCCCCAGUCCAAGAUCUCUGAGCUCGUUGACAGCAGAUCGUCGGCUGAACAGGCACAGGAAUAUGCCAAACUUCUUGGCAGCAGUGAACGCAAGGCUGACAGGCUUGGCAAGAAGAAGAAAGAGGGCGAGAAGAAGAAGAGUAAUUUGGAGCUGUUCAAGGAGGAGCUCAAGAUGAUUCAGGAGGAAAGGGAAGAGAGGCAUAAGUACAAGGGAGUUGUCAAAAACGUCAUCACGACACAGUCUGAAGAUCCCAUGUUGGCUGCACUCAAAUGUGUAGAAGAUGGAUCUUUUGAUAAUGGCGAUCCCAACACUACGAAUUUGUACUUGGGAAAUUUAAAUCCAAAGAUCACAGAGCAACAGUUGAUGGAGAUAUUUGGAAAAUUCGGACCUCUAGCUAGUAUCAAAAUAAUGUGGCCAAGAAGUGACGAGGAGAAGGCUAGACAGAGGAAUUGUGGAUUCGUAGCGUUCAUGAGUAGAAAAGAUGGAGAGAGAGCAUUAAAGAGUCUCAAUGGUAGAGAUAUAAUGCAAUACGAAAUGAAACUGGGCUGGGGUAAAAGUGUGCCAAUACCACCAUAUCCAAUCUACAUCCCCCCAGCCUUGAUGGAGCUCACCCAACCACCACCACCCUCUGGUCUCCCCUUCAACGCUCAACCACAUCGUCGCGAUAGACACAAGAUACCACGUAUCCGCAACCUCCAGAGCGCGGACCCCCAGGAAAAGGAAAACUUUGAAAAGAUAUUGCAGAAUGCUGUUGUCAAAGUGGUUAUUCCAACGGAAAGGAACUUAGUAAUGUUGAUACAUAGAAUGGUGGAAUUUGUCAUUCGAGAGGGACCCAUGUUCGAGGCCAUGAUCAUGAAUCGAGAAUUGAACAAUCCGAUGUUUAGAUUUUUAUUCGAGAAUUAUUCACCGGCCCACACGUAUUACCGCUGGAAGUUGUACUCGAUUCUCCAGGGUGAUGGGCAAAAGGAGUGGCAGACGGAUGAUUUUCGAAUGUUUAAAGGUGGAAGUGUGUGGAGGCCACCCCCGAUAAAUCCAUGGACCCAGGGGAUGCCUGAGGAGUUGAUUGAGAUAGAGGAGAGACAGGAACCGAGAAGAGGAAGCUUAUCGAACAGCCAAAGAGACAGACUGGAAGAUCUCCUUCGUAACAUCUCGCCUGAGCGUCUUAAAGUGGCUGAAGUGAUGGUGUUCUGCAUUGAGCAUGCAGAAGCAGCAGAGGAAAUAUGCGAUUGCAUAGGUGAGUCUCUCUGCAUCGUGGCAACUCCAGCGAGCAAGAAAAUAGCACGUCUCUACCUCAUCUCGGAUAUUCUUCACAACUGCGGUGUGAAGAUGACGAAUGCCACGAUCUACAGGAAGGCCUUUGAGGCUCGUCUCGUGAACAUCUUUGUGGAGGUGAAUGAGGCAACCAAACAAUUCGAUAGUAAACUCAAGGCUGAGAGCUUCAAGGCACGAGUAAUGAGGAUGUUCAGAGCUUGGGAGGAGUGGGCAGUGUAUCCCAGGGAUUUCCUGGUGAGACUCCAGAAUACUUUUCUGGGUCUUGUUACGAGUGAGGAGCCCGAAGUGGUGGAGGACGAGGAUAUUGAUGGUGCACCCUUGUCAGACGUCGAUGGUGAUCCCAGUGAGGAUCUUGAUGGUGUACCUCUCGAUGGUGCAGCCCUUCUCAAGGGUGCUAUGAAGCUCGGACUGACACCUCAACCCACUACUUACGAUGAUAUCGAUGGAGUUCCCAUGGAUGAUGAUAUCGAUGGCAUUCCCAUGGACGACGACAAUCGCUCCAACUCCAGGAGCAAAUCAACGGAGAAGAAACCUGUUAUGCCAGCUGGAUUUGUACCCUCACGGUGGGAAACUGUUGAUCCUGAUCAGGUGGAGGCGCAGGCUAUGACGACGAGUAAGUGGGAGGAGCUCGAGCAGAAUGACGAUUCCAAUUCUCAGGAUGCCAGCAUGGACUCAGGGGGCAGGGAUUACAACGAGGAGAGACGAACAAGAUUGAGAGAGAUCGAGGUGAAGACAAUGCAGUAUCAGGAUGAGCUCGAGAGUGGCAGAAGGAGUCUCAAGUCUGGGAUGACCAUUCAGGCGCAGGUCGAGCAUUAUAGGAAAAAACUUAUUCGUAAAUAUGCAUUGCAGAGUGAUAGAGACUCUAAAGAUCAUAAAAUAGAGGAGAGAGACGACGAGAGAAGACGAGAGAGACGUAGAAGUACAUCCCCAGAGUCUCCCGUUCACUACAGAGAGAGAAGAAGAGCAUCACCAAAUUCACCCCAAAAAUCUCGUGAAAAAUACAGAUCGCGCAGUAGAUCACCGAGGACUAAACGAAAGUCUCGUUCGCCGUACAAGAAACGAGCUCCAGUGACACCAUCACCUCCAAGAAUUCGCACCACUCCAUCACCUGUCUUCUCGGCAUCGAGAUCAUCCAGGAGAUCCCCUGGGAGUGAGAGGAGCGAGAGGAGCGACAGGAGUGAUCGCAAGAGAAGGGCUAGAUCUCCGUCAAUGUCACCACCACCUCCACCAAGAAGUAAUACGAAACACAGGGGCAGCAGUCCAUCCUCACCAGCAAGAAAACACAGGCACAAGCACAAAUAUUAAUAUAUCAAUCGAUUUUUUUUUACGUAUCGAACUAGUGCAUCAUUUCCUUCGUCAAUGAACUUGAUCCUUGAUCUUUUUGGAGGUGAUCGCUGUUAUUGAAACGAUAAAGAAUUUUUUUUUUUAAAUAAUCAGUUGUCCCCGACAGGUAUCAAAUAGUCAUCUCCUUUUGGAAGAUCAAGAUGUUUUUGUAAAUAGCCUCGACAGCCCGAGCUGAUUUUUUACUUCUAUCCCCUUAUCCUCUUACAUUCUCUUUGGUUCAAAUCGUGAGUACUUCAAGUGUCUGUAUCAUUGAUCGUUGUAUAAACAUGAAAUAAAUUAGUAUAUGAAAAUAUA